AUGCUGUCGAUCAAACCGCCGCCGUACGCGGCGGAGGUGAUCGCGGAGGCGAACGGCAGCGCGACGAAGAUCGAGUCCGGGAUCUUCGCCAAGUCGAAGAGCAACGACGAUUACCUGAAACGCGUCACCGCCAAGCUGAACAGCAUGAAGGCGCUCGUGCAGAAGCAGAGGCAGGCGGAGAGCAACGACACCGCGCAGCAGAACGAGCAGGCGCAGGGGGCGAACUACGACGCCGCGAUGGCGCAGCAGCAGCAGUCGACGGAGACGCGCGACGCGCCGGCGACCGCGGCGCCGGCGACGGCGCCCGCGCCCGCGGCGGCGGCGCCGGCGGCGGUCGCCGCGAGCGCCGCGCAGACGACCGCGGAGAAGGAGCUCUCGCAGCAGAUCUUCCAGACGGUCGUGAAGAACCAGCUCGACCGCCCGGAGUUCAAAUCCGCCGUCACGAAGAUGACCCCGGACGAACGGAAGCACGCGCUCGGGAGGGUCACGCACGCGACGAAGGCGGCGAUGGGCGGGUACUACAAACUUCUGAGGGAGAAGAACGCGAAGUUGGGCCCUGGGAAACAGACCGCGGGUCUGAACCCGAAGGCGCUGAUCGACCAUCUGACCGUGAACGUCGCGUCGAUGCUGUCGCGCCCGCCCGCGGCCGCGGGCGUCGGCGCGAUCGGACCCGGUCGCGCGUCGGGCGCGAGCGGGAUGGAAAAGGCGAAAUCCGCGGCGGCGCAACAGGCCGCGUUGGCGCAACAGCGACGCGAGCAGUCCGCGGCGGCGGCGACCGCGGGCGCGGGCCUCGGGACGCCGGCGUACUGGCAGCGCGUGGGCGAGAUGCGCGGGGCGUACCUUCCGCGGAUAAAGCAGACCGUGGAGUACAUGUUGAGGACGGGCGUUUCGCGGGCGCGCGACGCGUCCGCGUCGACGUCUGAACGGCUGCUGCAUUUCAUGACGUCGUCGCUCAUUCCGAUGUUAGAGCAGACCGCGGACCGCCCGUGCGCGGCGGCGACGUUCAAAGCGGGCGAGCUGGAGACCUUAGACGCGAAGAUACGCCAGCUCAUCGCGAUCACCGCGGGGUCGCGGCAGAAGGCGGCGCUGGCGCCCGUGGCGCCGCCGCCGCCGCCGACGACGACGACGACGGAAGCCGCGGGCGCGGGCGGGACGAAGCGCGCGCGCGACGGCGACGACGACGACGACGACGACGACGGUCCGAACAAAAAGGCAAAGUCAGGGGACGACGUGUGGGGGAACAUCGUCGCGGCUUCGGCGGCGAAGCCAUCGCCACCGAAGCGCGAGCCGACGCCGCCGCCGCCCAAGCCGACGGCGUUCGUCCACCUGUUCGCCCCGCUCGACGCGGACGCCCCCGCCUCUCCUCCCCCGACGCCGGCGUGUCUCGCGGCGCUGACGCGCGCGGACCCGCCGAAAGGCGCCGGACCGGGACCGGCGCUGAUGUGCGCGUCCGCGGGGAAGACGGCGACGGCGGUCGCGGCGGUGUUCGACUCCGCGGACGACGCGUACGACGGCGACGCGGCUGAGCUGACGCGACGCGCGUUCGAGUCGGAGCUCCUCGCGUUUGGCGGGGGGAAGAAGGGCGGCGCAGACGCGAAGGAGGCGUGGAAGGCGUGGGAAGAAGCCCUCGCGUCGUUCGCGUGAGAUGCGAACCGCGCGCUAGAUGUUCGUCGUUCGUUCUCUAAUAACGCGAAUGUAGUCACUAGCUAUGAUAGACUAACGGACCUCCGCCGCC